UUCACGUAGAUUCUUUUUCGUGUGCUAAAUAAUUUUGCUGCUCGUGAGUGGUCGGAAGCAUUCUGGCCUGUGCACGCCUGAAGUCAGAUCGGACAGUCGAGCAUGACUUGGCAUGGAUGAGGGCUCCUAUGAGCAAGACAGAGGAGACCGAGGUAUGCGAAGUUCGGGACACGGUAGGGCCGACGGAAAACGGCGCCCGUGGACCCCCCAUGCGUCCGGGUCCGCGUAGAAUGGUGGCCUCCGACUUCCCGCACAGCGCAUCCUCGCCGGUCAUAUGUCGCUCGAGUGGCGGCAGUAGCAGCAGCAGCACAAGCAGUAGCAGUAAUGGCAGCUUGUCCACUUUACGCCGGCAUGGCGGCACGCGAGCGACACCUGGUGGCUCAUCGAGCAAAUCUUCGAGCGGGCAGCGGGCUCGCGCACGGCGGGCCAGCGCGCCCGCCCCUGGCGUGGAACGCGAUUCGGACCGCCCGCCGGCAGCGCGGGCCGUUCUCAGGUCAAUCCUGCGCGAUUCAAGCGGCAGCGCUAUGCCCGCGCCGGCGCAGUCUGCUAUGGGCAACGCGAACGGAACGCUCGGAACUGGACCGAGCUUCCUCGGCGUCGGUGCCCGUGGGUCGAAGAAGUUACGUAAGAAACAAGUGACGAUCGACGAAGCGCCAGUGAUCCCUGUCAUGGCUCCGAAGAACGUGGGGGCGAGUGGUGACACCAUCGCCGGUGUCCCGAAGGCGGCGGAGGCUAAAGAAGAAUCGUCGUCUGCCGUGUCGCUCGCGAAUCUGCGCAUGGGAGCGAGGACCAAGAAUCUGCCCAAAUCUCCGGAGGAUGACGAAGAAGUCCGUCCGGUCGACUCGUCUGCCGACGGUCGCUUUCUCAAAUUUGCCGACGAGAUCGGCCGCGGCAGCUUCAAAACUGUGUAUCGCGGCCUGGAUACUCAGACUGGAGUCGACGUCGCCUGGUGCGAAUUGCAGGAAAAGAAACUCACAAAAAAGGAACGUGACCGGUUCAGAGAGGAGGCUGGCUUGCUGAAAACUUUGCAGCAUCCAAACAUCGUGAGGUUCUUUGACUACUGGGAAGUUUCGUCUCCGAAAAAAAUCGUCCUCGUGACCGAGUUGAUGACGUCAGGUACCCUGAAAACGUAUUUGAAGCGUUUCAACAAAAAAGUAAACGUCAAGAUUAUCAAGGGAUGGUGUAGACAAGUCUUGAAGGGAUUGCUCUUCCUACAUUCUCGCUCCCCGCCAAUUAUACACCGAGACUUGAAAUGCGACAAUAUAUUCAUCACUGGGACAACAGGAAUGGUGAAAAUCGGAGACCUGGGUUUAGCUACGCUUAAGAAGAGCUCAUUCGCGCGAUCUAUAAUCGGAACUCCGGAGUUCAUGGCGCCAGAAGUGUACGACGAGCACUACGACGAGAUGGUGGAUGUUUACUCAUUCGGCAUGUGUAUGUUAGAGAUGGUGACGUCGGAGUACCCGUAUUCCGAGUGCAGUGGCCCUGGACCCAUCUACAAAAAAGUCACUAGUGGUGUCAAGCCACUCAGCUUCGACAAAAUAGAAAGUCCAGAGAUCAAAGACAUCAUUGACCGUUGCAUUCGAGCCAACAGGGAGGAACGGUACGGAUUCCCGCGCUGCGAACGUCAUUCGCUGAUAAUCCCUUCAGUGAAAGAGCUGCUCAAUGAAGAGUUCUUCAUGGAAGAUUCGGGCCUGAAGGUAGAGCUUGUGUCGCGGGAUGAAGCUGUAUCGAGUGAAUCGACGAAGAUUGAACUCCGCCUGCGUGUUCUGGAUCCGAAAAAGCGCAAAGACAAGCACAAAGAAAACGAGGCUAUUCAGUUUGAGUAUGACAUCGAAACGGAUGAUUCUGAUCAGAUGGCUCAAGGAAUGGUUAAUUCGUUACUGCGAGAAAGGAACAUUCGUCGGGCGAAGGAAAUUGAAAAACGGAAUGCCGCGGAGUCAAAGGUGUCGGCUGGCAAUGAACAGCAGACGUCUGCGACGGAAUCGGAUCGCUCUGAACAAAAUACUCUUAAAGCUUCCGAAUAUCUCGGUCAGAGUGUUCUGGUGGACCCACAGCAGACGGACACGUUGAAAACAGUUCGACCGGCCCAUGAUGGCGAACAGCCACAAGUUGUUCCCGUUGAAAGCGUUGCCGCGCCACAACAAUAUUCCGAGUUUGUCCAUGGAAGUUCUCCUGAUGGCGUAGACCAACAGAUGCGUCACAUUCCACAAUACUUCCCUGGGGAAGCGUUUGUUCAAGAAGACCAGGUGAGUCUGCUCGUAGUUCGGCUUGCUUUUAAUGCUUCCCGUCCUACCCACGUGGAAACUCGUGGGAUCGAUGUUUGGCGACUCACGAAGUUCCGAGUGGGGAGUUCGGGCAAUAUCCGAAUGGACCAUGCACAAACCGAGCGGCGGGGCAGGAGCGCUAUUUUGGGCAUGCCCGUAGCUAAUUAUGACGUUGUUCAAGGCAGUUACAACUAUUGUACUUGCCAACCAGUAUUUUACGCUUCUUCAGAAACCUUUGCCCGCAACGAACACCGCCCGUGUUCAACUACUAACCCUUUCUCUCCUCGGUCUCCUUAUCCUCCUACCCUUGGUUCCAACCACGAUUUUUUCGUCGCCUCUACGCCGUGCACGUGUUUCAACCCAGAACGUAAUAACUCAGUUAGUUUUGCGACCAACAAUGGGCAGCACGAGCAGAGUAGUUCAGGCUUGAUGCGCAUGCGCACUUUGCCACGAGAUCAGGGACAAGUGAUAACCCAGCCUUCGUCACCGUCGAUGUCCGCCAGUGAACAAUAUUUACUUGUGCCCGCCAAGUGGAUCAAAAGCCAACACCUUCUGACUGACCCUAGAACGCGGUCCAUCCCUUGUCUGGCGCCGAUUGUGAACCAGGUGUCCAGCCGUGGUAAGUUGCACGUGCAAACGGAUCCAGUGCGAUGGGAUCGACAGUCGCGCCUAAGAUUUCCUGGCAUGCGAGAACGAAGCUUGCGGGAAAACCAAAGCCUGUCUCCGCCUGUGAAGGUUACCGCUACGGUGGAGCCACGUCCUACGCCUCCAUCGAUGGAUGUAAGAUCUGCGUCGCAACCGGCGUCUCGGUGCGGCAGUCCGAUCCGCUCUCCUGCUACCACGCAUCGAACUGAUGCGAAGCCCGGCAAUAUGCUACGCCACGUACUGAGCGAAAAUCUCGCUUCACAUCUGGCGGAAUACCGGAAUGAUGCCCAAGAGCAGCAGAGACGCCGCCUGCUCGCGAUGCGCGGCUCGCUCUCUUCCUCGGAAGAGUAUGUUUCUGACGUGGGCUGGGUCCCGAAGCAGGUUCUGAGUCGACAAAACGCAGUCCCGUUCUCAUACGACCCGGACCGCAGUCCUUCAAAAUUUGUUACGGCGGAUGUUCGCGAAAGGAUUGAACCAACCUUCCAAGCGGUGCCGACGCCCGCCAUCUCUUAUCCGCCUAACCCUGCAGCCAUCACCGCCGUAGAUUCUCUUGGACAAGUACCAGACCGAGUUGACCUAAUGCUUGACUUCGAAAGCGCUGGAGAACAAAGUGAAUCGAGCAUUGCUGGCAAUGCCGAUUCAAAGGGAAGGGUAGACUCGAAAAGGCGUAUUCGACGAAAGAAGAUUCCUGAUCGAGGUCCGAAACUUGCCGUGCUCAGUGUGAAAAACAGUGAAGUAGAGUGUCGGUUGUCCACGGCGAAUCAAAAGACCAUUACAUUCAAGUUCGAUCUGGAGGAGGCUGAGACGACCGAUGUUGCUGCUGACAUUUCCAGCGAUUUGGUGCAACGUGAUCUUCUUCCCGAGCAACAUGCGGACAUCGUGGUUGAGCAGCUGCAUGAAAUAAUUUCACAAAUCAAGGAGAAUCCCAAUUGCAUUCCUGUUCUGGAACCCAGUGGUAGCCCAUCAAGUCAACGCAAAAUCAAACCUGACGUGAACGUUGUUUCUCCCACUGCGCCGGAAUCGACCCCUGCGGAUAUUAAAGAUGGCGCUCAGUCAGUUCAAAGUAUCUCGCAAAUUGCUAGUGGUGCGUUAGAAACGGAAAUUAAGUUGCGUCAUUUCAACCCUCCGUCAACACUUGCGAAUAUUGUCUCUUUGUCACAAUCUGGCCAUGACAAUGGGAAUGCUGCUGCCAACCCAGCUGUAAAAAUGGGGCGCUUCAUCAUUAGCCCAGUCGCAGUCACGCCAACAACCGUUCUUGACGAUACACUGGUUUUGAGUACCCCUGCUGAAGAAACCGUGCUGAAAGCUUCAGUUGCUGAUCAGAGUUCCCGCUCGAGCAGCUCGGGUGGUCCCACACCACCGCAGCUUAACACGCCUGAAUCAACAUACCACACUUUUGGACAAAAGGCAGUUGUUAUUGAUCAGCCAAUUCCUGAGCAAGAUUUGGGAAGUAUUGCUGAAUUACAACAAACCCUCUUACAAAUGGGUGGCUCAAAUAUGGACUUGGGUCCGACAGCAAUGGCCAAUCUUUCUGUCAUCCUCUCGCCGACUGUCAAGGCAGAAAUGUCACCCAGCGGACUUGUCGCUACAUCUUCCUCUCCACACGAUUUCGCUGACUUGCAGAAAAAGCUGGCGACGCUCAACAGUCAUCAUCCCUCAGCCGUUGCGGGGACAACACCGCCAAUGACGACUGUUCCGGCUACGGCGUGCGCCGUUUCUUCGUCGUUACAUGGCGGUCCUAAUGCGGCUGUUGACUUCGGUGUACAUCCCGUCUGUGUUCCUCAUCCAGGGCAAUUUUCGACAUUGAGUCAAAAGCUUAUUGCUUUGCAAAGAGAUAUAUCCCGCUUGAGACUCGGGGAUCCCGAACAAGAAACCGGACGGUUGAAUUUGAUGCAAGCGAUUCAACAGAUUCUCUCCAGCGAAGGACGCAUUCCUGCUGAUCCCAUGUCUUCUGUGCGAGACGUUGGCUCAAAGCCAUCAGCACAAUUCGCUCCCGGAGGACAGGGUGUGCACGUGAACCCAGUGAAUCCAGCUCUUCCCAUUCAUCAACGGGAUGAAGGUAGGCCUUCCACGCCUUCCAAUUUACCUAGCGCUCGCCAAGUAUCGCGCUUCAUCGUCAGCAAGGUUGAGGACCCGUCGUCCGAAGGCACGCAAUCAAAAAUUUUGGAACGGGAAACCAAUUUGGAAGAUAUUCAAGCUGCGUUUCAGCAAGUUCUGAAUUAUCAAAUGAUCGAAAAUCAACAGAAGCGUAUGGCUGCCUGUUAUAGGGGUGAUCACGCUUGUGAAGAAAGUCGUGUGCAUGAAAUGCCCUGCGCCGUUCACGAACACUCUGGGCCAUCCGAUGGCUUCCGAACGAAGGCGAAUUUUGUCGAAGAACGGGACGAAAUGACAGACCAUCUCGUCGGUGAAGAAAUGGCUCAUUUUCAUCACAUGAUCGCACGCCACGAGAUAGAAAUGGCGAAUUUGCGAGCUCUUCAUCAGCGUGAGUUGGAUGAAUACAGGAAGCGGUUUAUGACCCCGGCUGCUGCCGCGGCUGCCGGCAGCAAUCAGCACGUCUUGUCUCGUAAGCGGACGACCGCAAUUCCACCUGAGCAAAUGUCGGCUUAUCCUUAUCCUGGUUUGUAUGGCUAUCCUCCGAUGGCCUAUGAAGAUUUACGGGGCUUUUACGCUUUGGGCGAACAAUCCGGAGUUCCUGAUCUCUGUCCCCCAAUUGACGGGGACGAACCUGACGAGACUUCUGAGAGUUCCGGCUCAGCCAUGGCGAUGCGCAAGAUCAGCGCAGACACCCAGUGUGCUCAGCCACCUACGCCGCAGUACAUGUCCGAUGCGCAUUACUACACUGUGCCAGCGCUGGCGGUGUCUGGUCCAAGUCAGCCGGUUGUCUGCGGUGGGAUGGACCCAGGAUCUGGACUCCGAUUACCCCUCGGGCCCCGUCCACCGCCUCCUUUCAUUUCCGAAGCCAUGGCAUACUACUAUCCACAUCUUCAGGCUGCUCAUUUAGGAUAUCCUCCCCCGCAUGUUCUCAACGGAGGAUUGCCGCCUCACUUGGGAUUGGGGGAGGAAGGUGAAAGCACACCGCCACCACGGCGGUCUCAGUCAGUAGCUCAGGCCCCAAUCGGGCUCCAGCGGCAGCAAGGAGCGACAUCAAUGGGAGUCUACUCGUACCAGUCUCCAACCUUUGCGUCAGUAGCACCUCGUCUAAGAGCUGCGUAUAUGGCCCCAGCGCCAACUUACUAUUCCUACUCCGGUGCCCCCUCUCCUUACCCUCACAGGGUACAGCACGCGUUUCCUCCUCCUAUGGGAGAACGUGAACUACUGCAUUAUGUAACGGCAGCGACGAACAUGGCAUCGCAAACAGAAUCAUCGGAACCAACAGGUGUUCCGACGAGCGGUUAUCAGUAGCAUUUUUUUCCGGUGAUGAAGCCAUGAGGCAAGUUCUCCACAACAGUUCACUGCUCUGACUGUAGAAUUUUGUCAGGAAAGAAGUCCAUGGAAUACUCAUUUAGCGCAUUCGGUUGACGAGUGAAAUUUUGUUUGCUUAAACCCCUCUUUGUCUCGCCGUUUGUCUUCCCAUACCACGUACGACGACUUCGUGUAUUGCUUGCAUCAAGCAGGAUUCCAAUUCCCGACGUGUACUGUUAGACAUUACUGUAUUUCUGCUUCGGCGCUAACCGUGAACUUCGCGUAGUUUCCCACCAUUUGAUUACUUCAAUCACAUCAAGUUUUAGCGAAUCACGCUUCUGAGUGAAGUUUUGCGCAUGUCGACUCUGGAUUUUGUAUCAAAGUUUUGCCAUGAUGAGCUAAUGUUCUGAUGUUAACUGACAGUAAAUUCAUGCGCACAUGCUCCACGACGGUGAACCGUUUCGUAAAUGCGGUAUCCACGUUGUUCUUUUUUUUUCAAGAAUCACGAUGCAUGUGUGAAAGAGGCGCCGCGCCGCCUUUUUAAGCUGUAUGUCAGGAGAGCCCUUGUGACGGGAUUUUUUUUUUCGUGGUCAGACUGUAAAACUGUGAACUUGGUGUGCAAAGCCUUUCGACUUCGUGGCGUGACGAGAGUGUACCUUGUCGUUCAGUGUAGUACAUGUCGUGACCAGAUAGCAGGUCGUUCAUGUGUGAUGAGAGAACUGGGAUAUUAGAAUGCUUGAAAGAGCGGAUUGAGGCAUGGCUCAGAACCUUAGCCGCGAUCAGUUUUCUUUUCCAGCAAGUUGGCUGCAAUUUGUGAUAAGCUACGUUUCAGACAUGAGACAAAGAAAUUGGUUUAUUCCGACCUAUCUUCGGUCGUUACUUGCUUGCUGUCCUAAAUCCGAAGAUCGUGAUUUUCCACGGAAUUCGCGUUCAUUUCUUGUGUUCUGCGGAUUAUUCUGGCAUCGGCCGAGCACGGAAUGCCAGAUCACGCGUGCAGCAGAUGCAGCAUUUUCUUGGGCGUCAUGAAACCGACGGUAGUCAUGAU